ACGUUCACACAUUGGUGAAGAGGCUGGUCUUGCAAUGCCUUUGAAUAUUUUACUUUUAGGCAGUUCCUCAUCAGUCAGCCACACACAUCCGAGGCGAGCUGAAGCUAACUACAGCCAUGGGCAGCACUAGGAGAUCUCACAUCUAAUCGCACGCAUCAUUCCUCCGGGAUAUUCUUUAAAUUCCAUAUCCAAACACGCUGACAGGCAGCUGCACUCACACACACACACACACACAUACACACACACACACAUCCACACGUCGCAGAGCCGCCGAGCAAACACCUUGUCUCCUCUCACAGGAUAUACCCGCUCACACACAUCUCUCUUUAUCUCCUCCUGGCUUCCCGGAGGAUCCUGCCGGCUGUUUUUCAUGGAGAAAGUCCAGGGAGAAAUGGAGAUUGAGAGAUGGGAAAGAAGUGAAGAAAUUUCAGACGCAGAAAAAAAGGUUAUUCAAGAGAUAUGGAGCAGAGUAUAUGCAAACUGCGAGGACGUUGGGGUCUCCAUACUCAUCAGGUUUUUUGUGAACUUCCCCUCGGCCAAGCAGUACUUCAGCCAGUUCAAGCACAUGGAGGACCCUCUGGAGAUGGAGAGGAGCCUGCAGCUGCGCAAGCACGCCCGGAGGGUCAUGGGGGCCAUCAACACCGUGGUGGAGAACCUCAACGACUCUGAAAAGGUCUCCUCUGUGCUGGCCCUGGUGGGCAAGGCCCACGCCCUCAAGCACAAAGUGGAGCCCAUCUACUUUAAGAAACUCACUGGUGUGAUGCUGGAGGUGAUUGCUGAGGAAUACCCCAACGACUUCACCCCGGAGGCGCACGGAGCCUGGACCAAGAUGAAGACCCUCAUCUACACCCAUGUGACAGCAGCCUACAAGGAGGUGGGCUGGGCUCAGUACCCCACUGCCACCCUGUGAGCGCCCAGGGGGCCACCAGAGGGGCAGGGAGGGCUCUGCUCCCCCCAGGACUUCGCUCUGGUCUCUUCUCAAGAUCUUUGCUCGGUUUGGGGAGCCCGGUAGGGCCAGUUCUGUCAGCUGCCAAGUCACAAUUUGAUCUCCAUGGGGUUUAAAAAGAAAGUAAAUAAGCCAAAAAAAAACACAGAACCAUGAGGGGUGUGGGUGGGUCGGGGUGAAGCAGUUGCAGGGGACGCUGGAAGGGGAUGCAGAGGGUGAGGGGAGAGCUUUGGUUGUUGGCUCCAUCUUCCUGUCCUGGCCUGUCCAUCACCACCUCCCAAAUCCUGCACCUCACUUGCACCAUCUCAAAGUCCCUUGCACAAGUGCUGCUGCCCCGUUCACUGAUGAACAACACAACCCUCAUUUUCCACGUGAGGCCCCUGGCUAAACCUGGCUUGGGGGGCACACCUGGAGCCCCCUGACUGCACCGAGAACUUUGCUUUGCUUUGCACUUUGUGUGUCACCGGGCAGGGCUGACAGUGGGUGCCCAUCACCCCGUGCUCCAGGUGGGCAGCAGAGCUCACCUGUCCUGUCACCCACAGCCCCUGUCCUGGGCUGGCUGCUGCAGCCCCUCCUGGGCUGGGAGAGAAGCUCCCCCAGAGCACCAGAGAGGGGAAGGAGGGGGAUGCCCCGGGGGGAUCCCUCAUGGCUCAGAGCAUGGUGUGUGGGUGGGAUCCCUGUGCCGUAGGUGGGGAGCUGGUGAGUCCCCCCAGUGCCCUGCAGCUCCCUGAGGAGGGACUUGGAUGGAGCCUGGUGUGCCCUGGGAGCUGCUGUGCGUAGCUCUGUCCUCUCAGUGACAAGGGGGGGUCAGGCUGUGACUAGGAGGAGGAAAGAUGGCACAGACACAUCAGGAGGGAUUCUGGUUAUGAGGAAAGGUCCCUUCUCUGUUAACAUGAAUAAAUACCUUGUGCAGAGCAU